ACACAACAAGUUUUGGCAUAAAUCAUACAAAAUUUCAACUGCAAAGCAAGCAUUUCUCAAAACAAACAACGUUAGCCCCAACAGAGCGAAGUGAUCCAUCUAAGUGUUUAAAGUUGUUCAAGGUUCUCUUAAAAAAAGAGUUGUUGUAUAAAAGGUUGCGAAGAUUUAGAAAAGAAAAGCCGGGCAGCUCCAACGGCUGCCAACACUCGAUAAGACUAUCGAUUUACAAUUUUUGUAGUGAAGCGUUUACCUCAACAGUCUGGUAACGCAUUAAGCAAAGCAGCUCUGUCAAAUCAACCCUGUUCACUGCGAUAACGAUAAGCAACGGCGCUGACUCACGCGCUCCCAUCACCAGCUCUCCACCAUUUUUCCCGUGUGGCUCGUUUUCGCCGUUGGUGUGGAUAAGACACGCGUCUGAAAGCAUAAAAAACGCGAAAGCGUAUAAAAACCAUACAUUUUAAGCACAAGCACAAUAAUAGGCUUGUGAUUUUUUGUAGGCACAAGUAGGCCUCGCAAAACAUAUGAACAUUAUAUAGGUCUCAUUGAUCGAAGAAACUGAUUGUGAAAAGUACAACCUCGCUCUCUCCACAUAAGAACGUAGUAGCUUGUGGAACGUAAGAAGUUGUCGGAAAAAAAACCAAAAGAAAAACGUAUAGACACGAAGUGCAACACUAACACACAAAAAAGAAAGAAAAACAAUUUACAUAUAAUUAUUUUUUCGGAAAUUGCAAGUGUGCGCAAAAUCAAGAACAAUUGCAAAAUUUUCCUAAACGGAAAGAAAGAAAAAACAAGCAAGUGAUUGGAGGAUAAUAUGAGUAAUGCUAUUAACCAAAAUGGCACAGGUCUAGAGCAGCAAGUUGCUGGUCUGGACUUGAAUGGCGGCUCGGCUAACUAUAGCGGCCCCAUAACAAGCAAGACUUCCACUAAUUCGGUCACUGGUGGCGUUUAUGUGCCCCCGCAUCUUCGAGGUGGUGGUGGCAACAACAACGCGGACUUAGAUAAUCAGGGCCAGGGCUUUGAUUCAGGUGCCGCACCGCGUCUCGAGAACAGGGACCAGCAGCAGCAGCAGCAACGCGGCGGUGAAUUUCGCAGAGGCGAUCGCGGAGGUAAUCGCGGCUACAAUCGCCAGAGCGGCGACUACGGAAGUUUUGGAAGCGGAGGCGGCGGCGGCAGCAGACGUGGUGGCAGCAACCGCUACGAGGACAACUAUAACGGUGAAUUUGACUCGCGCCGCGGCGGCGACUGGAAUCGCGGAGGAGGUGGACGCAGCUUUGGGGAUCGACGCGGACCGUCGUAUCGCGGGGGCGCUGGUGGUGGUAGCGGCGCCGGCGCUGGUGCCGGAGGCAACGGCCUCAACGAACAAUCAGAGGAGGCACAGCAGCCACGAAAUGAUCGUUGGCAGGAGCCGGAGCGCCCGAUUGGCUACGAUGGCGGCGCCGCUGAAGGCGGCGCACCCGGCGGUGGUGGGGGCGGCGGCGCCGGUGGCGGCAACAGAGGCUACGGCAAUCGCGGGGGUAGCGGUGGCGGUCCCUACAACAGUCGCUGGAAGGAGGGCGGUGGCGGGGGCGGCGGAAACACCGAUUACACAAAACUGGGUGCACGCGAUGAGCGCUUGGAGACGGAGCUCUUUGGUGUGGGCAACACGGGAAUCAAUUUUGACAAAUACGAGGAUAUACCCGUGGAAGCGACGGGCCAGAACGUGCCGCCGCACAUCACAUCGUUCGAUGAUGUGCAGCUGACGGAGAUCAUACGGAACAAUGUGAAUCUGGCGCGUUAUGAUAAACCGACGCCGGUGCAAAAAUACGCAAUACCAAUUAUAAUCAGCGGACGGGAUUUGAUGGCCUGUGCCCAGACAGGCUCUGGCAAAACGGCCGCAUUUCUUGUGCCCAUCCUGAAUCAGAUGUACGAGCAUGGCUUGUCGGCGCCGCCGCAAAGCAAUCGGCAAUAUAGCCGACGCAAGCAGUUCCCGUUGGGCCUGGUGCUGGCGCCGACCCGUGAGCUGGCCACCCAAAUCUUUGAGGAGGCCAAAAAGUUCGCCUAUCGCUCGCGCAUGCGUCCCGCUGUGCUCUAUGGAGGCAACAAUACCAGCGAACAGAUGCGCGAACUGGAUCGGGGAUGUCAUUUGAUUGUCGCAACACCCGGGCGACUGGAGGAUAUGAUAACGCGCGGCAAAGUGGGUCUGGAGAAUAUACGUUUUCUGGUCUUGGAUGAGGCCGAUCGCAUGUUGGACAUGGGCUUUGAGCCGCAGAUUCGUCGCAUUGUCGAACAGUUGAAUAUGCCGCCGACGGGACAGCGCCAGACGUUGAUGUUCUCGGCCACAUUCCCCAAACAGAUCCAGGAGCUGGCCAGCGAUUUUCUCAGCAAUUAUAUAUUCUUGGCCGUGGGACGUGUUGGCUCCACAUCGGAGAACAUAACCCAGACCAUAUUGUGGGUAUACGAUCAGGAUAAGCGCUCCUAUUUGUUAGAUCUACUGUCUUCGAUCCGGGAUGGACCGGAAUACUCCAAGGACAAUCUGACGCUCAUUUUUGUGGAGACAAAAAAGGGUGCCGAUUCUCUGGAAGAGUUCCUUUAUCAGUGCAAUCAUCCGGUGACCAGCAUACAUGGUGAUCGUACUCAAAAGGAGCGCGAGGAGGCGUUGCGCUGUUUCCGUUCUGGUGAUUGCCCCAUUUUGGUGGCCACCGCUGUGGCGGCACGUGGUCUGGACAUUCCGCAUGUGACACAUGUCAUUAACUUUGAUCUGCCCACCGAUGUUGAGGAGUAUGUGCAUCGCAUUGGUCGUACCGGACGUAUGGGCAAUUUGGGCGUUGCCACAUCCUUUUUCAAUGACAAAAACCGCAACAUUUGCUCCGAUCUGCUGGAGUUGCUAAUCGAAACGAAACAGGAGAUACCCGGCUUUCUUGAGGAGAUGCUCAGCUCGGAUCGCGGCCAUGGUGGCGCCAAGCGACGCGGCGGCGGUGCCGGUUCACGUUACGGCGGCGGCUUUGGCUCACGCGAUUAUCGUACAUCCUCUGGUGGCGGUGGACGCAGCGGCGGCGGUAUUGGCGGCGGCGGCGGCGGUCGCAGCACUGGAUCCGGCGGUGGCGCCGCCGGUGGUGGUGGCAACUAUCGCAGCAAUGGCAACUCGUAUGGUAAGUUUGGUGGCGGCAGCUCUGGCGGUGGCGCCUACGGCGGCGGUGGCGGCGGCGGUUCAUAUGGUGGCUCCUACGGCGGCGGUGGCGGUGGUGGUGGCUCGCACUCAAACAACGGGCCCGAUUGGUGGGGUCAAUGAGCAAGGCCUGUCACCCAGAGGGGCCGGCAGCAGCAGCAUCCACAGCGUCCACAUAAUCCCGACUAGCGUCAAUAACA